AUGACUGUUGAAGAAAUAAAUAAGGCUAGAUCUGCUGUUGAAUUCAACAGAGAGCAAUUAGAAAGUGUUCUAAGAGGUAGGUUCUUCUACGCUCCAGCUUUUGAUUUGUAUGGUGGUGUUUCUGGUUUGUACGAUUAUGGUCCACCAGGUUGUGCUUUCCAAGCAAAUGUCGUUGAUAUCUGGAGAAAGCACUUCAUCUUAGAAGAAGAUAUGUUAGAAGUUGAUUGUACUAUGUUGACUCCUCAUGAAGUUUUGAAGACUUCUGGCCAUGUUGAUAAGUUCUCUGAUUGGAUGUGUAAAGAUCCUAAGACUGGUGAAAUUUUCAGAGCUGAUCAUUUAGUUGAAGAAGUAUUGGAAGCCCGUUUGAAGGGUGAUAAAGAAGCUAGAGGUUUGGUUGAAGAUGCCAAUGCUGAAGCUAAAGAAGAUGCCGACAAGAAGAAGAGAAAGAAGAAGGUCAAGCAAAUUAAAGCUGUUAAGUUAGAAGAUGAAGUUGCUAAGGAAUACGAAGAAGUUUUGGCUAAAAUUGAUGGUUAUUCUGGUGAACAAUUGGGUGAAUUGAUGGUUAAAUAUAACAUCGGUAACCCUGUAACUGGUGAUACUUUGGAACCACCAAGAGCAUUUAACUUGAUGUUUGAAACUGCUAUUGGUCCAUCCGGUCAACUAAAGGGUUACUUGAGACCAGAAACUGCCCAAGGUCAAUUCUUAAACUUUAACAAGUUAUUGGAAUUUAACAAUGGUAAAACUCCAUUUGCAUCUGCUUCUAUUGGUAAAUCUUUCAGGAACGAAAUUUCUCCAAGAGCUGGUUUAUUAAGAGUUCGUGAAUUCUUAAUGGCUGAAAUUGAACAUUUCUUGGACCCAGAAGACAAAUCCCAUCCAAAGUUCGAAGAAGUUAAAGAUAUUAAGUUGUCUUUCUUACCACGUGAAGUUCAAGAAUCUGGUUCAACUGAACCAAUUGUGAAGACUAUUGGUGAAGCUGUUGAAUCUAAAAUGGUUGAUAACCAAACUUUAGGUUACUUCAUAGCUAGAAUCUACAAGUUCUUGGUUACUAUCGGUGUCGACGAAAGUAAAAUGAGAUUCCGUCAACACAUGGCUAAUGAAAUGGCUCACUACGCUGCUGAUUGUUGGGAUGCUGAAUUGAAGACCUCUUACGGUUGGAUUGAAUGUGUUGGUUGUGCUGAUAGAUCUGCUUAUGAUUUAACUGUCCACUCUAUCAAGACCAAGGAAAAGAUGGUUGUUAGACAAAAGUUGGAAACUCCAGUUGAAGUCACUCAGUGGGAAAUUGAUUUGACCAAGAAAUUAUUCGGUCCAAAAUUCAGAAAAGAUGCUCCAAAGGUUGAAGCUUUCUUGUUGGGUAUGUCCCAAGAAGAAUUGGCUGACAACGCUGAAAAAUUAAAGGCUGAUAACAAGAUUGUAUUGAAGGUAGAUGGUGUUGAAGGCGAUGUUGAAUUAGAUAGCAACUUCGUUACUAUUGAAAAGAGAACUAAGGUUGAACAUGUCAGAGAAUUUGUUCCAAAUGUUAUUGAACCAUCCUUCGGUAUUGGCCGUAUCAUCUACUCUGUUUUUGAACACUCUUACUGGAACAGACCAGAAGAUACUGCUAGAUCUGUAUUAUCAUUCCCACCAUUAGUUGCUCCAACUAAGGUUUUACUGGUUCCAUUAUCUAACCACAAGGACUUGGCCCCAAUUACCUCUCAAGUCUCUAAGAUAUUGAGAAAGGAAAAGAUUCCAUUCAAGGUUGAUGACUCUGGUGUCUCUAUUGGUAAGAGAUACGCCCGUAAUGAUGAAUUGGGUACUCCAUUCGGUGUUACCAUUGAUUUUGACUCUACCAAAGAUGGUUCUGUCACUUUAAGAGAAAGAGACUCCACUAAGCAAGUUAGAGGUUCUGUUGAAGAUGUGAUAAAGGCUAUUCGUGAUAUCACAUACAACAAUGUCGCCUGGGAAGAAGGUACAAAGAAUUUGGUUCCAUUUGUUUCUCAAACUGAUAACGAAUAA